AUGUUCCGCUCCCAGAUUGCCCGCCAGGCUCGCCUGUUCUCCACCACUCCCGUCGCUCGCAAGAGCCCCGUCGAGACCAUCAAGGAUGCUGCCAAGGCCGUCGACAGGACAAUCUCUGGUGCCGCCGUGAAGGGCAUUGAGAAGGGUGAGCAGGUCGCAGAGGCCGUUAAGGAGGCCACUCCCGACACCACAUCCGAGGCUAAGGGCCAGGCCAACGAGGCUCUCGGGCAGGCCAAGGGCAAGGCUGCCGAGCUCCAGGGCGAGGCCAGCAAGAAGGCUGGUCAGGUCGAGGGCGAGAUCAAUAAGAAGUUGUAAAAAGCUUGCAUCGGCUGAGGAAGGGGGAUAAAACUUAAUAUGAGCGACCUUUGAUACCUUGGGCUUGGUGCAUGUCUAAGCAUCGCUCUUGUACGACCAGCUAUUGCUGCUAUGGCAUUACGAAUUUCAGACAAUUUCCUACCUGAACAUAUGCACCUGCUUGCUGUUUUGGUAUCCGGCUCGUCUUAAUCAAUGCACCUAAGCAACCAACUAAACAGGGCGCGGCCUGGAAAUGUGAAUCGCAAGACUAACUAAUAGCAUGUAAAACCCUUUGUUGGGUACCCUUGUAGUCACCAAGUGCCU